AAGUCGCACGCGGUGGAGAGAGCACGUUUCCUGAAUCAGAAACAAGGAAAGUCCCAAUCAGAUUAACUCUCGCUACGCCAGCCUUCCCGAGGGCAUCAAGGCUCUCGGGCCGGUAGGAAGGGAGCCGACGUCACCGCACUUGCGGGAGGGGGGCGGGGGUUGUAGUCCCGAUCUCCCCCGGCCCACUCUCGGGGCCAGGGCGCUCAGACCUGACCGUGGCGGGGCCGCUUUCUCUUCGCCCACCUCCUGGGGCGGCGCUCCCUUCCGCCCGGCGGACCCUCUUCACUCUCACCGUCAUCGGAGGGCGGAAUAACGGGAGCGGAGAGUCCGGCCAUGCUCUUCUCAUGUUGACGAGAAUAAUGAAAUCUGCUUAGCAUGUUUUUUGACUGGAGGCCUUCCAAUACAGUUGGAGUCUAAUAUUCAUAGAGGUAAAGUUGGCCUCACAGGCAGGGAAAUUGAAGCAUAGAAAGAGUGGAUGUUUUGCCCUGUGGUGAAGCUGAGCAGUCCCUACGUCCCUACUUCCCAGCCCAGUGCCUUACUCAGACUGAAGGCCGAGCAGGCCCUACUGACUCUGGGGCACCAUGGAAGUGGAACAUGCCCUGCGCCGCAGGGAUUACCUCGUGGAGCGUAGUGUACUGAAUGAGGAGGAGCUGGAAGAGAUUGGCCAGAGGAGCAAGAAGCUGAAAUUGCCAGCCUGGAGAAGGAAGCCCCAGUGCUUAGUAGCCAAGUCCCUGCUUCUACGCUUCUUUCCACUGCUGAGCUGGCUGCCUCGGUACCCUGUGAAGGAAUGGCUCCUGGGAGAUGUGGUCUCGGGGCUCAGCGUGGGCAUUGUUCAUCUUCCUCAGGGUCUGGCGUAUGCGAUGUUGGCGGGGCUACCCCCCGUCUAUGGCCUCUAUACAUCCUUCUACCCCACCUUGGUUUAUUUCUUCUUUGGCACAUCCAGGCACGUCUCAGUAGGUACCUUUGCGGUUGUCUCUGUGAUGGUUGGCAGUGUCACUGAGGCCCUGGUCCCCAAUGACGAGUUCCUGUUGCCGGGCAAUGGCACAGUCACGGCAACAAGAGAUGCCAUGAGGGUCCAGGUGGCGGCUUCUCUGACCAUCCUAGUGGGGAUUUUCCAGGUGGCCUUGGGCCUGGUGCAGUUCGGCUUUGUGGUCACUUACCUGUCAGAGCCUCUGGUGCGGGGCUACACCACAGCGGCCGCGAUACAGGUGCUGAUGUCCCAGCUGAAAUACGUCUUUGGGGUGAAGCUGGGCGAGCACUCAGGACCCCUCUCUAUGAUCUAUAUGUUGAUUGAGAUUUGCUCCAAGCUGCCACAAACUAAUGUGGGCACCUUGCUGACAAGCCUGAUUGCCAUGGUCAUUCUCCUGGCUGUCAAGUUACUCAACCAGAAGUUCCACAGCAAGCUGUUCAUGCCUAUUCCCAUCGAGCUAUUCACACUCAUUGGAGCCACCGGGAUUUCCUUUGGAGCCAAACUGCAGAAAAACUAUGGUGUGGACGUCGUGGGCAACAUUCCCACAGGGCUGAUCCCACCAAUGAUGCCUGAUUUCAGCCUCUUCGGGAAGGUGGCGGGAAAUGCCUUUGCCAUUGCCAUAGUGGCUUAUGUCAUUGCCAUUUCUCUGGGCAAAAUAUUUGCCCUGAAGCAUGGGUACAAAGUGGACAGCAACCAGGAACUGAUUGCCCUGGGGCUCAGCAACUUCCUGGGAGGCUUCUUUCGGUGCUUCACCAUCAGUUGCUCCAUGUCCCGAAGCCUGGUGCAGGAGAGCACAGGAGGAAACAGCCAGGUGGCAGGAGCUGUCUCUUCCCUCGUCAUCUUAAUCAUCAUCGUCAAGCUUGGGGAGCUCUUCUCUGAUCUGCCCAAGGCCAUUCUGGCAGCCAUCAUCAUUGUGAAUCUGAAGGGGAUGUUCAAGCAGUUCAGUGAUAUCCAGACCCUUUGGAAGGCCAAUCGGAUUGACCUGAUGAUCUGGCUGGUGACCUUUAUGUCCACCCUCUUGCUGAACCUGGACAUAGGCCUGGGGGCCUCGGUGGCCUUUGCUCUGCUCACAGUCAUCUUCCGCACCCAGCUACCACAGUACUCCAUCCUAGGGCAGGUGACUGAGACAGACCUCUACAGAGAUGUGACCGAGUACAAGGAGGCCAAAGAGCUCCCCGGCGUGAAGAUCUUCCAUUCGUCCGCCACACUCUAUUUUGCCAACGCCGAGUUGUACGCGGAGGCUUUGAAGAAGAAGUGCGGCAUUGAUGUGGAUCAUCUGAUCACAAAGAAGAAGAAAUUAAUCAAGAAGCAGAAGCAAAAACAGAACAAGAUAGAGAAGGAAGAGAAAAAGAGGGACAAAAAGGCUGCUGCUGCUGCUGCUGAGAUUCCUAUGGUCCCUGAAGGGGUCAACUCUGACUCUGUGCAGGUCAGAAUAGGUAGCAUUGAAGAUAUAAAAACCAAGCAGGUAUUGGAUAAGGAUGGGCACGAAUCUACGGUUUGCGUAACCGGAGACACGCAGGAUCUCGGAACACAAUUGGAAGCCCAGGAGAAGUUGACUCUGGAGUCCUUGGGACUCCCCAGGCCUGAUUUCCACACUCUCAUCCUUGACUUUGCUCCUGUCAACUUUGUAGAUACCGUCUGUAUCAAGAUCUUAAAAAAUAUUUUUGGAGACUUCCGGGAGAUCGAGGUCGACGUGUAUCUUGCCAGCUGUCAAGAGUCUGUCAUUUGCCAGCUGGAAGCUGGCAACUUUUUCAGCCAGACCAUCACCAAGGCUCACGUCUUUGCCUCCGUGCAUGAUGCCGUCACCUACUCCCUCCGAGGCCGGGUCUCAGGUGCAGCCGAGUUCCAUGUCACCAAAAUGUGAACGUGAACUGGAGCAGCCCCCCUUCUGGAGGCAGCAAGGAGGUGGAGCUGCUGCCACGCUCACCCACCCUCCACUGCCCCAGGUUUCAUGGCUGAGGACUGCCUGGGGAGGGGGCUGCAGGAUCCAGUGCAGCACCCUCCUGUCCUUCCAAGAGAGUGUGUGUGUGUGUGUGUGUGUGUGUGUGUGAGUGAGAGAGAGAGAGGGAGAGUGCACGAGUGAGAGAGGGACAGGCCACCCUUCCAGGGAUCCACCCGAGGGCCUGGCAGGAAAAGGAAACCUCAGUGUGCGUCUGCUCCGAGAGGCCAGGAAGAGCGGGGAGGCUCAGAGGGAGAAGCCACGGUGCAGUGGGACUACACCACCCCAGCCAGACAGCCAGCCAGACAACCUGCCUGCCUGUGGUCUGGAAUCUCAGCCGUGCAAUUCCAUUUGGCUCCCAAACCAAGAAGAUUCCGGUUUUGAGAUGGCCCUCUUAAUUUCUGACGUUUUUAACCUGGAAAAAGAAUUCAUCCUUCCA